AUGGAUGUAGCUCAACAAAUCACGUACAAUUCAGAUUUAGCGCAAGAUCCUAACCGAGCUGGAUCUAUUGCCUCUGCAGUAUAUAAUGAAGAAAUAUCAGAGGAAGAAAAGGCUUUGGAUGCAGAAAUACUGAAUCUAAAAACUUCAAUUACUGAUGCACAGAAAGCUGUUGCAGAUACAGACUUCUACAAAAUGACUGAGAAUGUACCUGAACUUGGUAGAAUCAAGUUCAAAGUACGUAAACAUUUACGAGGCCAUCUAGCUAAGGUGACGUCUAUUCAAUGGGCCUCUGAUAACCAGUUGUUGUUGUCCGCUUCUCAAGAUGGAAAAUUAAUCGUUUGGGAUACAUUUUCUGGAAAGAAAAUUCAUAUGAUUGCUUUGAAAACAGCCUGGGUCAUUGGAUGUGCAUUUUCUCCCUCUAUGAACUUUGUGGCUAGUGGUGGAUUAGAUAAUGUCAUAUCUUAUUUCAAUCUAAAGUCACAGGACGGCACUGCAGAGUUUGUCCGCGAGUUUACUGGCCAUAAUGGUUACAUCGCAUGUGUUCGAUUCAUUGAUGAUAAUCGAUUACUGAGUUGUUCUGGUGAUAAAACUUGUGCACUAUGGGAUAUCGAGAAGUCUAAAAUCAUUACAAGUUUUCGCGGCCACUCAAAUGAUGUUAACGCCAUUGCCGUGUCGAAGCAGAUGCCGAAUUUGUUUGUCUCCGCAUCUUCAGACCGCACUUGUCGGUUGUGGGAUCUUCGGUGCGGCGAAGGUAUGCAGUAUUUCGAAGGGCACCAGCAAGAUGUUAAUGGCGUUGAUUUUUUUCCCGUCAAUUCUUAUGCUUUCGCCUCCUCUUCCGACGAUGGCUCGUGUCAUUUGUGGGAUCUACGAGCUGAUCAAGCUAUUGGCGUCUAUAUUGAUGACUUCAUUAACUGUGGUAGUAGUAGUGUGGCGAUUUCAAAGUCGGGUCGUCUGUUACUUGCUGGAUACGACGACUUCAACUGUCACGUCUGGGAUCUAUUACGAGAAGAACGUGUCGGAAUCAUGUCCGCCCACGAAAACCGGGUGUUGCAACUGGGUCAUGGGAUUCUAACUGUCUCAUAUGGACUGCGAAAUAGAAAAAUGGCACUUUAA